GACCCAGCAGGGCAGGAAAAGACGCUCACACGUGGAGGAGCAAACCGAACGCUUAAACAAGUACCCUACCCAACUAACUGCUGUCUGUUUCGGGGGGAGCGAAGGGAUAAGGCAAUGCUACUGGGAGAGCCGUAUAGGUGAGGAGACCAGGCAGUGUAAAUGAGCGCUUUUUGUUAUAUUCUGUGAUUGAGAAAGUAAGAGCAGAGAGGGGGGGAAAGUGGGCACACGGUGAGAGAAGAUUAUGGAAACCCUCUGGAGGAGGAGGACGCAGGCGGUGAGAUGGAAGUGGAACUCGCUGCUACUCUGUUUAUUCACCGGUGGCAGCGAGGCCCAGUGUGAGGGCUGCGUAGAGUACUGCUGCGAUGGGUCGCCGCCUUUCUGCUGUUCCUACUACGCCUAUGUGGGAGACGUCCUCUCGGGCACUGCCAUCUCUGGUAUUGUUUUUGGUGUGGUGUUUUUGAUGGGGGCCGUGGCAGCCUUAUUCCUGUGCGUGUGCAUGUGCAUGAAGAACGGGCGUGGUGCACGGGUCGGCGUGUUCAGCACCUCCUAUAACAUCAGCACUGUGACCCAGGGCUAUCCAGGUCCACCGCCUCCAUACACCUACGACUGUGAGAUGUACCCUCCAUCCCUUCAUCCCCCGCCCUACACCCCAACACAGCCUAGGUCAGCUAACUACUCCCCGCCGCCUCCUUACCCUGGAUACACCCGAAAGUGAAUCCCUGCUGCGCUAAACAUGCUGCCACGGCCCAGAUUCGCAGAGACGGCUGUGCACCUCCGAACUCCGAAGCAGCGAGCUGGUGUUGCAAUUUGGGUGUGACCACCAAAAAUUUCCACACUGAAACACAAAUCUAACUGGCAGGCCAGAGCACUCGGUUCAGCUUUCCCGUAUUUCUGCUGCUCUGUAGUUGAGGACGUGGUGGGGAAGUAAUCAUUUGACAAAUGUGGGUCAAGCUGGCCAAAGAGCCUCAACUCAUCUGAUGAUAGACUUAACAGUUAGCAGCCCUGCUGGCCGGCAGCUGGUACUUUUUUGCCUGCUAAUAACCAAUAUCCCUUAUCCGUCCCCCACACCUGUGCACAUUAAAGGCAGUGCACCAUUCAAAUGAUCACUUUUGUCAGCACAGAGGGGGAAAAGCUCGUAUCACUUGAGGCAAAGAGUCUUUCCUGGACACAGACACAGUGUAGACUUACAGAAAGUUAUCAAGCCCUCAUGGGUUUUUUUUUUUGUUUUAAUCUUGAGUUAUGUCAGUGUCUGAAGAGUACAUUGAUGAUUAAGUCUGUUUUUAAAUGCAGGUCUGGACCUGUCACAUAAAGACUUGAAUAUAAUUCAUAAUAAUGCCCAUCUUUAUGGCGUGGAUGGCUUGUAAGGAUUAAUGAACGUUUUUUUGUUUUGUUGUUAUUGUCUUACUUGAAAAAACAUGUUAUGAACUGUGGUCACACUGAAACAGAAACAUGUCUUUCUGUUGUGUUUUAUGAAAUUGUUGAACUGCCACAGUAACAGAUUCAUGGUGGAAUUACAGCUGAAGGCUGAUUUAAAGAUUUUAAUCUAGAGUGACCUCAGCCAUAGCACAAUGAGGUCGCUUUCCCAGGCUGACUGUGAAUGAUGGAAAGGAUUUAAACCAUGUAAUAAAUAUAGUGAGGUAAAUAAAGUGCUUUGUUACUGUUUCCAAUAACUGUUGUAAAUAAAAUGUUUUUAAAGUGUUAA